AAGUGACCUUCAAGACCCCGACGUCUCCGUAGGUCGUUGGUGUCAGAGCGCCUCUCCAGGCGCUUGGGUUCUCCUUUGUGUGAGUCAGCGUCUUGUUAUUUGGUUGGAAAGUGUCUGCCCAUUCCUGUUUUACAGCUGUCACUUCUAACUAAGGUGCAGUCGGCCUCACACCACGACUGGUUUAGUGUACGGUGCCAAGAUAUUGAGUCACCCGAUUGGUUGCUCAGGGUCAUUUAUCCGUUCACGAGUCGCCGGUAUGUCACCGGAGAAAAAGAUUGGUACUCAUGAUGGCUGUUUCCACUGUGAUGAAGUCCUAUCCAUAGUAUUACUAAAACACUUGCCAGAGUUCAGUGAAGCUAAAGUUGUACGGUCACGUGAUCCAGAGGUUCUGUCUACAUGCGAUGUGUUAGUUGAUGUUGGUGGAAUAUAUGAUCCCGACUUACUUAAAUUCGAUCAUCAUCAGAAGGAUUUUUCUUUGUCAUGGUCUGAGUAUUUUGGAGUUAGAACGUGGGACGUGAAGUUCAGCAGUGCUGGUUUGGUAUAUGUGCAUUUUGGGAAGAAAGUGCUUUCUUUAUUAACGGGACUAAAAAUUGACAGUGAGGCCCUGGAAAAAAUAUUCACCAAAAUAUACGAAUCGUUCAUUUUGGAAAUAGAUGGCCAAGAUAACGGCAUUUCUCAGUCUCAGUCACCCAUGAAAUACAAUAUAAAUACUGGUCUGUAUUCCAGGGUUCGCCGUCUCAAUUCAUGGUGGAAUCAAGAAGAUGAGUCUGAGACAGCAUUUUGUCGGGCCCUUGAAUUAGUGGGUAGGGAAUUCCUUGAUAUUGUGGACUAUUUUGCCCAUUGCUGGUGGCCUGCUAGGAAUAUUGUGGAGAAAGCAAUGAAAUGUCGUGCAGAUGUUGAUCCCUCAAAAACUAUUAUAGUGUUAGAAAAGUCAUGUCCAUGGAAAAGUCAUCUGUGUGAUCUGGAACGCGAAGAACGCAUGGAAACACCUGUGUAUCCCGAACCACUGCGCCUGGCAAGUUUUCGCCCGGUACCAAAAUUUCCGCCGAAUAUUCUCUUCGUUGUCCUACCCUCAGAUGGAAAUUGGGUUGUUCAAGGCGUUCCAAAAGAAAAAUUUGAAAUACGGUUACCGUUUCCUGUUGAGUGGCGUGCACUUCGAGGUGAUGACUUAUGUUCAAUAACUGGAAUAUCAGAUUGCAUUUUCGUUCAUAAUGCUGGUCAUUUAGGCGUCAACAGAACACGUGAAGGUGCCAUUGAGAUGGCUCGUGCUGUCAUAAAGUCAUCCAAACAUGAUGAGGAAAAUCUCCCUAGUAUGCGUCUGGGUCCAGUUACAUUUAGUCGCGGUUGUAAAUUAGCUGUUCCAGCGCGUAGUCGGAAAUUGUAACUGUUUAUGUUAUUUGUUUAAACCCGCGACAAACUUGUCAAGUCAAAACUACCAAUAUGCUAGCUAACCAGUCGCUAAUACAUGUUAGCAAUUAUUUUUUUAACCAUUUCAUUCCGGAUGCUUUAAACCACUUCUGCUUUUGUUUUUCUAAAGUGGCCGUUUUGCAUUCAACGUCAUUUACGCAUUCACUUAUAUAAUUUUGUUUCUGUUGGAAAACGCUUAAUUACCUUACCAUUACGAGGAAAAUUCAUCACUCAUACUACCACAGAAUAUUCUUACUCCCAUUAUUUUCUCGGCAAUUCAUUCUCAUCCAACCAUCUGUUUUUAACUUUUAAAUAUUGAGAUAAUUUUAUACUUAUUUAAGCAACUGAAUAAAAAGACGUAAUUAUAUUUUCCACGGUUUGAUUUAGACAAUAACAUUAUUGUUCGCUUUUUUACAUCAUUGCAAUAUGUAAAAGAAACGCUCAAAAUUUCAUACGGUAAAUUAUUAUUGUUGUGGAAUAAAG